AACAAUGCCGAAGAGGAGGCAACCUGCAAGUCUAAAACAAUUAUGUAUUCUGUAUAUUGCCUCAAAUUUUAAAAGAAUAUGGUGGAAAGAAUUCGUGGAGAACUUCGGAGAUACACAAGUUUUACACGUGCUUGGGCCUUUUGAUACUCUUCCAAGUGGAGUGAUUGAAGAUAUUAUCAAUACAUUGGAAAAGAAGGGCAUUCUUAUUGGAAAAUACUUACAGAUUCUGUUCACAGAUAGACUUCGACACUUAUAUCUCGGGGGAAAUGUCAUUACAAACCAGUUGGUUAAAACCCUUGCACUUAAAUCCCAGAAAUUAGAGAGCUUACAUUUGAAGUUCAACAAAAUUUCCAAUAAUCUAUUGAUGAAUGUGGUGGAGAAUUUACCAGCUGUAAAAGAACUGGACCUAUCCUGUACAAAGUGUAAUGAUGCCAUGAUGAAAAUAAUAAGUUUAAAUUGCCCUCAGUUGUACAGACUCUCCAUUAGUAGUUGCCCAGAUGUUUCAGAUGAUGGUAUACACUUCCUGUGUGCUGGCAAAACACCAAAGUUGCAGUAUGUGUCUCUGGUAGAUUCUAACACAACAGAACAAUCAGUCUAUCAGUUACUGCGAGCCUAUCCUGGAUUGAAAGAGGUGGAUAUGAACAUCAACAUCAAUGGGGUCGCCCAAGUCAUUGAAGAAGACAUUUUGUGUGGGAGAACAGAGAGCAAGUAUGGAAUCCAAAAACUGAAUUUAGAGAUGUCAGUACCCUUUACUACUAGCACAUCUUUGAUGGCUGAACACUGCCCAUGUGUCUCUGAUGUUACGUGUUAUGGUGUCAUAACAGCCGAUAUUCUGAAGAAAGUAGCAUCGUUCAAAAGCAUGAAAAAAUUGAAACUUUUUCAUACAAAUGAAAAAAUGGGACGUCAUGAUUUAAAGGGUUUUGUCAAGUUUUUGCAGAUCGUAGGAAAUCAGUUGACUGAAUUGAGUAUUAGCAACACGGGCCUUAUGCCUUUGAAUGAAAUUGGGAUGUUCUGUUUAAAUUUGAAACAUCUGUUAAUUAUUUGUGAGGAAGACAUUUUCCAGCAAGAUACAGCUGCAGUUGAUGACCUUUGCCUCAAUUCUAGGAGUUUUACAAAAUUAGAAACUGUUAAUCUAAUAGCAUUGGAUAACUUAAUUUUAGCUUCAGAACAACAAGUUACAUUUCUUUUGUAUCAAGCUGAAAACCUACAGAAGUUAUUCUUUGAAAAAAUUAAGGGAAUAACAUCAACAGGUUUACAAGCAGCAUAUCAGCAGCAUGGGUUUAAACACUUGAAGUAUCUAGGACUGACUAAUUGUCCUGCUGUUGAUGAUAUCAGUGUUUUUAAAAUGCUUUUAGAAACUGAGAAUGAAUUAACUCAUUUAAGUCUUAUGUCAUGUUUUAACAUCACACAAGCACACAAUGAUGAGCUUACAGCAUGUCUUAAAAAAGGCAAAAAUUGGGACAUAGCGUAUAAAUGGGAAUAAUGUUACCUACUGUUACCACCUCUUUCAGUGUAUUUUAACAGAACCUAAAUAUUUAUAAUUCAACACAGCAUGUAUAUGUAUUUAUUAAUUGGUUUUCAUUUAGACUAUUGAACUAGUCCCAGGUUUUUGAAAAUGAUGUGUACUUUUGACAUUACAUGUAUAUUAAUCGGCAGACUUUAUAUUUACAUGCAUAUUAUUCAUUUACUGUAUAUACAUGUGCCAAUACUUUGUAGUAUAAUUAGUUUAGUGCACCUGGUAUCAAAGAAACAGAUAAUAAGAAAAAAUAAUUUCACUGUACAAAAAGAUUAUUUUUGUUAUUUCCAUGAUAUAUGGGUUCGAGUAUGAACAGUAAAACGAAUAACUUUCACCGCAUAGUUUUUAAUUUUUUAUUCAAAUUUUCACAAAAAAUGGAAUUUGAAGUGAAAAAUAUUUGUAUAGAUAAAUAAGGAUGGUUUCAGAAGAGCAGACUUUUGAACAAUGUAGGAGGU